CAACGGAUGUGAUAUCGCAACUGGUUUCCUAUUAUAGUAGGAUGUGUGACGUCUUUCACAGUAAGUUUGUCGUGCUUAACCAAAACACAUUUCAGUCUUGUAUUACACUUUGCCUUAGCAUCAUCCACGUUGCCGUCCAAUCAUGACGUGUGUCUUGCGGUUGGUGAUCGUACUGGUGGUAUACCGUGCGGCAUCGUGCGAAGCGUCCCAUGGACACCGUUGUCUUGCUGGUUCGGAGCUGUUCGUUUGUAUCCUUGCGAGGUUCGACUAUCAGCCAGGACAAGAUAUACCAAUGUUUGACCUACCGGCGGACGUAAAAGCGAUACGUUUUGUAGAACCUUUCUACAACAUUCAUGAAAAUGAGAACUUGAUUGAAGUGUACGAUGGUAUACUCCAUCGACAGCUAAACUCACCGCUAGCAAUCGAGCUGACCGGUACUUACAUGAGGACGAUAGAGAUCCCAUCAAAAAUGGAGUAUGCAGAUUUUUCAGACAACAACAUCGCUCACGUGUAUGUGCCCACGGAUCAAUCAUAUGCCUUACGGUAUCUGGACCUUAACAGCAACCGCAAACUGCAACUCGAAAACAUUAGCCGGCUCGUCAAUCUGGAGACGUUACACCUGUCCGGUUGCAACAUCGCAACACUUCCGCCUAACAUGUUCGAAAACCUGAACCGCCUAGCACAUCUAACGCUCGCCGCUAAUGAAAUGCACAAGGUCGAUCUGAACUGGUUUCCGAUGAGCCUUACCCUGCUCCGGCUGGAUCAAAAUUGGAUGACAGAGUUUCAUUUCUCUGGAAGUGCACGGUUCCCGCUGCUGGAGGAUUUAAACAUCGAAUACAACGAUCUAACCGGGCUGGACAUCAAUGCGCUUGUAGACACCGUGCCAAAACUGCGCCUUUUCUCGAUCGGCCGAAAUCCACUGAAGCGCACCGAGCUAGAUGGUAUACUGGCAGAGUUAAACCGUCGUAACAUAUCGUACUAUAAUAUGGAGGAGGCGAGAGAUCAGCAUUGUGCCGAAAAUGAACAGUACUUUCGAGGCAUGUGCUUGCCGCAAUCCGUUUUCGCACUCAGUUGGGUUGACUGGUUCGAAAUGAUAUUCUUUGCCAUUGUAUUGGUAGCGUUGGCGAUCGGAAUUGCUUUCGGGGCUAGAUUUUUAUGGAAGAGAUUCCAUUCUAGUUAGACAUAGUAAUGUUAAAAUAUUGGGAACUUUGUAACUCGUUCCCUAUUGCUUAGAAUAAAACGAAAACAUUAAACAUAAA